AUGGAUCGUGUUGCAUUGCGAGAUCCAUUUUUGGACAUCGAAAAAAACGUCACAACGAUACAUGAUAAAUUAAAAUCACGCGAUUCUGAAAUCAGUAAAACCAAGUCAAGAAGAAAUCGGAUUGCCAUUGCAUUUUGCUUGUCUCUCGUUCUAGUCGGAAUCUCAGGGUUUACAUUCAGCGGACAUACCGGGCAAGAAACUGAUGAUACCAAAAGUAACGACGAAAAAGAAUCGAUUGUAACGUCCAAAAACGGCGUCGUGGCGGCCGAUCACGAGAAAUGUUCAGAAAUCGGCGCCGAUGUGCUUGGACGACUCGACGGCACUGCCGUGGACGCAGCAGUGGCCGUCGCGUUUUGCUUAGGUGUAGUGAAUCCAACGUCGAGUGGAAUCGGCGGUGGAGCCUUCAUGGUCGUCAGGUCAUCAAACGGCUCGGCGUUAACUUAUGACAUGCGAGAAACCGCUCCAUCGACUGCUCACCAGGAUAUGUUCGAGGGCAAAGAGGAAGAGAUUAUGAAAGGACCAUUAUCUGUAGCAGUGCCAGGAGAGGUAGCCGGACUUUACGAAGCGUGGACGAGAAACGGCCGCCGUGUGGAUUGGAAACUGUUGGUCGAGCCGUCUAUCAAGCUGGCUCGAGACGGUUUCAAGGUUGGUUCGCAUCUCGCCUUUGCGCUAACCGUACCGGACGUCGCGAAUAAGGUCAUGAACGAUCCUGGUUUGAAGAAUGUUUUUACUGAUGGAAAUGAAGUGUUGAAGAAAGGUGAUAACUGUACAAACGCCAAACUCGCUGAGACAUUGGAAAAAGUGGCGGAGAAAGGGAUGAAAGCGUUUUACGAAGAGGAUGUGGCGGAAAUGCUUGUGGACGACCUGAAUGAAGCUGGUGGGAACAUGACUUUGGAUGAUCUGAGGAGUUAUAAAGUUAACGUGGUCGAACCGAUGGUUGUUGAUGAUGUUUUGGGGUAUAAAAUACAAGGAAUGUGGCCUCCCUCUAGUGGAACGCCAAGUUUUGCAAUGGUGAUGAAUGUAAUGGAGAGAUACAACGACUUGAAAACAUCAGAUAGGAAUCUUGCUCUGCAUCGUCUUAUAGAAGCCAUGAAAUAUAUGCUUGCAGCUCGAAUGGAUCUUGGAGACCCUGCGAUUGUUGAUGGAAUAGACAAAGCUGUGGAGAAAAUGGUCUCUAAGUCAUUUGCCGAAAAAAUCCAGGAGGAAAUAUCCGAUGACACGACAUACGAUCCAGAACAUUACCUUGACAAAUAUAGCCAGCUUAAGGACCAAGGGACGAGCCAUUUCUCUGUAGUGGAUAGAUAUGGAAACGCAGUGUCGAUGACUACAACUGUGAAUUAUGCGUUUGGGUCAGGUUUUAUGUCGCCUUCUACGGGUAUUAUACUCAACAACCAGAUGGCUGAUUUCUCUAUACCAACGGGAGGCACUUCUAAUAGCCUUCCUCCUGCACCUGCCAAUUACAUUGCGCCACAUAAGAGGCCUUUGUCUUCUAUGAUGCCUCUAAUCAUCACAAAGAACAAUGAGCUAGCCGGAGUUAUUGGUGCGAGUGGUGGGAUUUACAUUAUUCCGGCAGUGAUCCAAGUGUUCCUCAAUCAUUUUGUCUUCGACAUGAGUCCUCUAGAAGCUGUAAACAGUCCAAGAGUGUACCACAAGUUAAAGCCAAACGAAGUGUUAUACGAGGACUGGAAAGUGUACAAUGGAGAUCACAUCUUGCUUGAAGAAGAUACUCGAAAGGUGUUAGAGAGUAAAAAUCAUGUGCUAAAGCUUACAAAACAAGGAGCGAUUGUGCAAUUAGUUGUUCAAAACAGAGUAGGUGAUACUAAGACAGAUUUGACGGCAGUUAGUGAUCUCCGGAAAGGUGGCAAGCCAGCUGCGGCUAUUGCUGCUCCAGCUCCUGCACCUGCUCCUUCCUCUAUGUUUUGA